AUGUGGCUGCCAAGCCCAGUGGCCUUAUUAGAAGCAAUGCUGGGUGGUUCUGUGGAUGCACAGUUAGAGAAUCUGACCCUUGCUGCUUUCUCACAUGAUAGGUGCCGAAUACUGAAAAAGAAAGGGGAGAGUUUGCUUUCGUGUCAUUAACAAAAGGUAGCCUGCUUCCAGAGCGCAGUUUUUAGUCCUUAAACUCUGACGGAGGCAAUUAGGUGGAGCUGGCUUUCCUGGAAUUGUAGCAUAGAUUUUCCUGUUGUGCUUCAAUAUCAACUGUCUCCAAGUUACAAACCCACUCACAGUGCUAAAAGCUUGGGAUUACUGCAAGUAGAGGAGGCCACUGUAUCUCUCGGCUUUUCACUUUCUGACUAAGAAUCAGCGUGCUCACUUAUCAGCAAUGUUUCAGCUAAAACAUUCGGGUCGAAAUCCACUGAUAGCUGAUUGGCUUCCCUGGAUUUUGCUGAUGACACAGGAAACCUUUGCUUGAAGAUGGAAACACUGGAGUCAGAACUGACCUGCCCUAUCUGUCUGGAGUUGUUUGAGGAUCCAUUGCUGCUGCCUUGUGCUCACAGUCUCUGUUUCAACUGUGCACAUCGCAUCUUGGUCUCCCAGUGUGCUACCAACGAAUCAGUGGAAUCUAUCACCGCCUUCCAGUGCCCCACUUGUCGUUAUGUCAUCACCCUCAGUCAACGGGGUCUAGACGGACUGAAGCGCAACGUCACACUGCAGAAUAUUAUAGACAGAUUUCAGAAAGCUUCUGUGAGCGGGCCCAAUUCUCCCAGUGAAACUCGCCGUGAACGAGCUUUUGACAGCAACAGCAUGUCAUCGAGUGAAAAAGUUCUCUGCCAGUUCUGUGACCAAGAUCCUGCUCAGGAGGCAGUCAAGACCUGUGUAACUUGUGAGGUAUCCUAUUGUGAGGAGUGCCUAAAAACAACUCAUCCAAACAAGAAGCCAUUUACUGGACACCGUUUGAUUGAGCCUAUUCCUGAUUCUCAUAUCAGAGGAUUGAUGUGUCUGGAGCAUGAAGAUGAGAAAGUUAACAUGUAUUGUGUGACUGAUGACCAGUUAAUCUGUGCCUUGUGUAAACUGGUUGGGAGGCAUCGUGAUCACCAAGUGGCAGCUCUAAGUGAACGCUAUGACAAAUUAAAGCAAAAUUUAGAAAGUAAUCUUACCAGCCUUAUCAAAAGAAACACUGAACUGGAAACACUUUUGGCUAAAUUAAUUCAGACUUGUCAACAUGUAGAGGUAAAUGCGUCUCGACAAGAAUCCAAGCUGAUGGAAGAAUGUGACCUGCUUAUAGAAAUAAUCCAGCAAAGACGUCAGAUAAUUGGAACCAAAAUCAAGGAGGGAAAAGUUGGGAGACUGAGAAAACUGGCCCAGCAGAUAGCUAAUUGCAAGCAGUGUAUUGAACGCUCCACCUCUCUCAUCUCACAGGCUGAGCAAUCUUUGAAGGAGAACGAUCAUGCACGCUUCUUGCAGUCGGCUAAAAAUAUAACUGAAAGGGUUGCCAUGGCAACUGCAUCUUCCCAGGUUUUAAUUCCUGAAAUUAAUCUUAAUGACACUUUUGAUACAUUUGCACUGGACUUUACCAGAGAAAAGAAACUGCUUGAAUGCCUUGAUUAUCUUACUGCUCCAAACCCACCAACAAUUAGAGAAGAGCUUUGCACAGCUUCUUAUGACACAAUCACAGUUCACUGGACUUCAGAUGAUGAAUUCAGUGUGGUCUCCUAUGAACUGCAGUAUACUAUCUUCACUGGACAAGCUAAUGUAGUUAGUCUGUGUAAUUCAGCCGACAGCUGGAUGAUUGUUCCAAAUAUCAAACAGAAUCAUUACACAGUGCAUGGCCUGCAGAGUGGCACCAAGUACAUCUUUGUUGUUAAGGCCAUUAAUCAAGCUGGCAGUCGCAACAGUGAACCUGGAAAGCUGAAGACAAAUAGUCAGCCAUUCAAACUGGAUCCCAAGUCUGCUCAUAGAAAGCUAAAAGUGUCUCACGAUAACUUGACUGUGGAACGAGAUGAAACCUCUUCUAAGAAGAGCCACACCCCUGAGCGCUUUACCAGCCAAGGCAGCUAUGGAGUGGCUGGCAAUGUGUUUAUUGACAGUGGCCGUCAUUACUGGGAGGUGGUUAUCAGUGGAAGUACAUGGUAUGCCAUUGGUAUUUCUUAUAAAACUGUACCAAAACAUGAAUGGAUUGGAAAGAAUUCUGCUUCUUGGGUUCUUUGUCGCUGCAACAAUACAUGGGUGGUGAGACAUAACAGCAAAGAAAUUCCAAUAGACCCUGCACCCCAUCUUCGCCGUAUUGGCAUUUUGCUAGACUAUGACAAUGGUUCUUUGGCCUUUUAUGAUGCCUUGAAUUCUCUACAUCUUUACACUUUUGAUAUUACAUUUUCACAGCCUGUUUGCCCAACAUUCACAGUCUGGAAUAAAUGUUUGACAAUCAUAACAGGUCUUCCAAUCCCAGAUCAUUUAGAUUUUAUUGAGCAGAUGCCAUGAUCAAUACUGAAUGAAGAUGGAUGAUGAAUGUCCUAUGGACCUCACAUAUACUUUUAGUGACUUUGAUUGGAAAAGGGAAAUA